GGGCAGUCCUCGCUGUAACGGCCCUGCCGGCCACUCUAUCCUAUCCUGGACUGUCUCGUGACGGACUUUAGCCAAUCACAGCUGAGAUUGCACAGGGACGACAUCAAUAAACAAAUACACUAGAACAAUGUCUAAAUUCAGAUGCGAUGCUUUUCGACUUGUUUUUCAUUCGGUGUUUAGCUCAGCCACGCGAAACAAAUAACGUGAAAGCCGCAGUGUAGCGCCGACGGUCGUAAUACCGUCAAUACCCUGGCGACAUUAACGUUAGCUAAUGCUAGCUUUGUGAGAUGACGGCGGCAGCUUUUUAACUGUUAACGCGUUUUUUUACUGUUUCGCAACUUAACAUUACUUGGUUCUCUGGUUUUUACGCGCUGGAUAUUAUUUCGCCAUUAGCUAACGCUAGUACAUACUGACUGUGCUGUCACUGACAGUCCUGCAGUCCGUACUCCAGCUGCAGAUAGCGAUGGGAGCUCUAACAUGCUAGGACCAUGUUCAAAAAUGUUUUUGGCUCAGGGUUUCUGGUAAGAACAGCUCAUGUGAUUCUGACAUGGGUCAUAACGUUAAUACUCUUCCUACAUGAUACAGAGCUGAGGAAGCAGGAGGAGACAGGCCAGCUCAUCCAGCCUGUGCUUUUCGUCCUGCUGGUGCUGGUGUCAGUGUUGCUCUAUUUCGCUGUCUCUCUGAUGGACCCAGGAUUCAUAUUGUCUGAUGACAGCGAUUUGCAGUUCACGCUGGGAGUGACUGAGGAGCAACAGGACAUGAUUCCACCCACCACCAAAUCCCUGCGACAGCGUCGCUGUGGCCACUGUCUGCUGCAGCAGCAGCCAAUGAGAUCAAAGCACUGCCAGACAUGUCAGCACUGUGUCCGCCGUUACGACCAUCACUGCCCCUGGAUUGAGAACUGUGUUGGUGAGAGGAACCAUCGCUGGUUCGUGCUUUACCUUGCUGUCCAGCUGCUGGUGCUGCUGUGGGGGCUGCACAUUGCCUGGACGGGUUUCAGUUUUGCACCCACCUGGCAGCUGUGGCUGCGCACCAAUGGGAUGCUGCUGGCUGUGGCCGUGCUGGUGGCUCUGCUCUCGCUGAUCGUGCUGCUCCUGCUCGGCUCCCACCUCUACCUGGUUUCACUCAACACCACCACCUGGGAGUUCAUGUCACGCCACCGCAUCUCCUACCUAAAACACUGCGGUGCUGAUGAAAACCCCUUCGACCGUGGCACCUUCCACAACCUGUGGGGUUUCUUCUGUGUAUGGGACACAGUAGUGUGGGAACAGGUGUACUUCAGGGAGGGCAGCGACCAAGUCUAGGACAUUAAUACUCAUUGAGAGGGGUUUCGCUCAUUAACAACCUCUCUGGAUUUUAGGAUCAGACACUUGACCACAAAGUUGGGAGAUAAACUAUCUAUGUGUGCAGUUUACCUUUAUAUAGACACUUGUUAUUUUUCCAUAACUCUGCAACAUUACCUUUUCUUACAUCUCUCCUGCAGUGUUGUUGCUGCCCACAGUUCCUGUUUUUUUCCUUCUCUUCUCAAGUGGUUGUCAACAGAGUAAAAAUUGUCUUGUGUACCCACAGAAUAAUGUACCUGCUCCGAGUUACCAUCUCUGUGUGGACAAAAGUUUACCAGCACUACAGUCCUUACUCUGACAAUUGUUUACAAUUAUUCAAGUAUGUAAUACCAUUCCCCUUAAACAGACACUUUACUGUUUGAUUUUAAAAGACUAGUUCAGCCAAAAACAAUAUAAACUGUACUCAAAUCCCCAGACUUUCUGUGGCCCCAGAAAAGGUUUCUUUUGAAUGGCGUUAAGGAGAGCGAAGCACCGAAAAAUUGAAGUGUAUCAGUGCAAACAGACUUUAACGAAGGCCAAACAAAUGGCAGUGAAGAAGGUUAUAAAAUGUCCGGAAAACCUAUGCUGUUUGAUCGGCCUCUGUUGAGCCCUGUUGAUACUGACAUGCUUUUCUGGGGGGCACCCUGCUGUCCUUUAUGCCCUUCAAUAGAACACUUUUGCUGAAACCAGUGGCAUCUCCCGACAUGUGGGGCACUUACUUUUGUAGGGGGGUUAUGCUAUUGGAAUAAUGAGUGUGGGAGACAUAUUGUAUCUACUUUAACUACUAACAUUAUCUUAGAGUUUCCUUACAUUCCUCUGUCUAAAAUUUUAAUUUAAAGGAUGAGUAGACCUACCAGUCACAACACAAUAGUGUGUCACCAGACAAAUGUAAUGUAAGUUUUCAUAAGUACCAUACAUAUCAUUCUGUAAGUCCUCAGAGAGAAAGUGUACCUCCAAAAGCAGGCUACAUACAAAAGAAAACAAUGCACAUUAAGAAAUACAAGCCCUAUUUAAACCAUCUAAAGCACAUAGUCUAAAGUGCCUGUUGCAAGUGCACGUAGAGCGUAUCCAGCUCCACUGUUGCUAGUUAAACAGGGCUGUAUUUAGUCUCAGUUAAUUAGGUCUGUUUUGAGGAUAAUGUGAAUUCAACCAGGCAGAGUGUCUCCCAUUCCCUUUAAAAUCAGGUGGCCCUGCACCUGUUGCAGUGUUAUUUAUAUGGUGGAUUUUGCAGAUCAGAGAAGUGAGCAGUUUUCUGCUGAGAGUAAUGCAGUGAGAGCAGUACUGUCACUGCAGCAAAUAUAUAAAAGAAAACAAUGCUGCUUUGUGAUGGGUGUAAGAAGGGGCCCAAAUCACAUUGUAAAGUACCAGCAAAAAUAAAUUAGCCUAAGGUUACACCUCUGAGUGGGCAGAUAGGGUUGCCACCCCCUGGAGACGCCCCUAUCUGGAACGAUAGACAGCUGAGGGACGUGCAUACUAUAUUCAGUUUAUAUUGCUUUUGGGUGAACUAUUCUUUUAAGGUUCCAAGUAAAGCUAGUGAUGAAGCCCUGCUGACUGAAGCUUGGUCAUUUUUUAUGCACAUACAUCCCACUCAACUUCUGCUCCUGUGCUGUGUCCUCUACUGAAUUAUUUACGUGAGCAGUAAUAACAUAAUAACAUGUUUGCUUCUGGUCUUACCAUGACACAUGGUAAACCUGACUAAUGGACUGUUAAAUUGACUCUGAAGUUUACUUUUAAUACAUGUCAAAUAUUAAAGAUUUGAUUAAAAAUACUUGUUUUAGGUGCAUGUGUAGAGAAUCCACAUGUAUGGUUGGUAUGAUUUCUCUGUUCACUCACUGGAAUCAGAUCCUGAGGAACAAGUCGGGGAAUUCUUUUUAAAAUGGUACAUAUGUUGUUUUUAGUGUAGAAAGUUUACUUCUGUCUUCUAUGUGAUAAAUUGCUGUAAUUGCUGAGUCGUAUUUAUUCUGCAGAGGUUUUACAGGGUCCACCUACUUCAGCAGCUUUUGUCUUUUAAAAACAAAGCUGUUUCUGAAGUGAAAGAAUGACAAAUUACAUUUUUUCAUCAUUUUUUGCAAACCCCAGUUGAUUUUAAUAUGAAAGUAGUAAAAACUGUGUUGUAUUGUUUCUAGCAUUUAAUCCAACCAUGAUGUACAAGAUGCUUUGACUUUCAAUGGACAGCAUUUCAAGCUAUUUUAUACUGUAUAUAAUUUUUAAACAAUUUUGAACCAGAAAAUGUCUUUAGAUUUUUGUAUGACUAUUUUAGUUCAGUAAGUGGAAGAAUACUGUGGAACAGUAGCUAAGAGUAAGUAGAGAGCUGAGAGUGCAAUACAUCGUCUGGUAUUUCCAUUUAAACAUGUCCUUGUGCAAUAGUAACCUUGUAAGACAGCAAUAAAUGUGGUGUGGAGUUCAAUGUACAGCAGUAGUAUUGGACAAAAGGCAGAUUGUCUCCAGUCAGACUGAGUCAUUAUCAGGGAGAGCUCUGGUUUAUAUGAAUUAAUGUUGUGUACUUCUGAAUAAUAUGCAACACUGUCAUGCAAUGUUUUUUACUACUUUGAAAUGACUAUACAACAAUAAAUAA